GUGGCUCCUGUCACUCUGCCGAAGGUGGUGGGCGCCCUUCAACCUCAGAAAGCAACUCAACCUCAGAAGUGCGGCUUUUGGUCGGAGGAGUUCGGCUUGCACCCGGACAGCGUGGAGUGGCUCUCCUCCACGAAGAUGAUGAUCCGCAACGUCCCUGCACGCUGCACUGAGCUGGAGCUUCGAGUCUAUCUCAGCACCCAAACGACCGACGACUUUGUCCUUGAGAUGCCCAAGACAAGCCCAGCAAAGUGCAAGGGCUACGCGUUCGUGCAGAUGGCCGACUCAGUCGCCCUUGCUGACUUGGCAAAAGCCUUGUGGCAGCAGACUGUUCCCACCAGGAAGAGUGCUCGCCUAUUCAAGAUCCACCCAGCAGAGUCUGCAGAGAAGCUUCCUCUGAGCCUGGAGCCCUUCAGCUUGUUCGUCUAG